UACACAGAGGCGUUCCUUACAAACUACAAUUCCCAGAGACGCUUGCGCCCUGCUUCCUGCGCUCCAGGGAUGGCAACCGGAAAAGGGCAUGUGGAGGAUCCCAGCCUAACAAUCGCGACACAGACAAAGAAAUUCAGAAGGAUCGCAAAUGGAAGCCGUCCGCAUUAAGGAAGAGGAUGAGAAACCGGGAUCGGGAUCUGGAUCGGGGUCGGAAAACACGGCCGGCGACGUGGCGGAACUCGGGUUCGUCCACGUUGUGGAGGAUCCCGACGAAGCCUCCGAAUCGAACGCGUCCGAAGCCUCGGGAGAGACAGCCGGGCGGGAAUCGGGUCUCCCCUCGUCUUCCGAAACGAGCGGGCCGGGCCCCGUCCCCACCGAUCAUGUCUGUCCCGACUGCGGAAAAUCCUUCCCUCAUCUGGGAACGUUUCGUCGACACCUGCGAGGCCACUCGGGAGAAAAACCCUUCCCGUGCCCCGAGUGUGGGAAGACCUUCUGCCAGCGAGGCAGCCUGAGAGAACACCUCCGCACCCACACCGGUGAAAAACCCUACCGCUGCCCGGAAUGCGACGCCGGCUUCAGCCAAGCCCAGACUCUGAAGAACCACCGGCGGACUCACACCGGAGAAAAACCUUACCGCUGCGGCGACUGCGGGAAAGAUUUCAGCCAGCUGGGCAACUACAAGCAACACCGCCAGAUCCACUCGGAGGAGGACAAAAUCUACCACUGCGGGGAGUGCCGGAGAACCUUCCGCAGCUACGGCAGCCUGGAGGCCCACGGGCGGGUCCACAGCGCCGCCGGGAAGCCUUUUCGGUGCAGCCAGUGCGGCAACGGCUUUGCCAGACUGGUGACCCUAAAACAGCACCUGCAGAUCCACUCCGGGGAGAAGCCCUACCACUGCGUGGAAUGCGGGAAAAAUUUUGGUCAGUCGGGGCACCUCCGGAGGCACCAGCGCACGCACUCCGGGGAGAAGCCUUUUUUUUGCCCGGAGUGCGGGAAGAGAUUCAGCCAGUCCGGGAGCCUGAGGGAGCACGAGAGGGUUCACACCGGGGAGCAGCCGUACCAGUGCGCCCGCUGCGACAAGCGCUUCAGCCAGCUGGGGAACCUGAAGGAGCACCAGAGGGUCCACACGGGGGAUAAGCCGUACCAGUGCAUCGACUGCGGGAAGAGUUUCAGCCAGUUCGGGAAUCUCAAGGAGCACAGGCGGCUCCACACCGGAGAGAAGCCGUUCCGCUGCGGCGUCUGCCGGAAAGAGUUCUCCUACCACAGCCAGCUCAAGGGCCACAAGUGCUGCUUCGGGGAAGUUUUCAACCGGAAGAGGAAUUCGGCUGUCAGAUCAAGCAUGGAGCCAAUUCACAUCAAAGAAGAGGCUCUUGAUCCACAACCUGUAACUGCUUCAGAAGAGAUCUCUUCACCAGUUAAACCAGAAGAGAUCAUAACUGUCAUCAUUAAAAGCGAGGGAGAAGAAGAUGAUGACAAGGAGGAAGAGGAAGAGGAAGACACAGAAACUCAAUCCUCAACCGCCAACCUCCUCCCGGAAAAUUUGUCCCGGGGUUACCGCUGCACCGAAUGUGGGAAAAGUUUCAAUCACGCGGGCCACCUCCGCCGACACUGGAGAAUCCACACGGGAGAGAAGCCGUACGUCUGCCCAGACUGCGGGAAGAGUUUCACCCAAGCGGGGCACUUGAAAAAACACAGGCGGGUCCACAGCGGAGAGACACCGUACAGCUGCCCCGACUGCGACAAAACCUUCAAGCACUCGGACGGGCUCAAGCAACACCGCGUCUCCCACACCGGGGAGAAACCUUACAGCUGCCCGGAGUGCCGGAAAAGCUUCAGCCGCUCGGAGCUGCUUAAAAACCACCGGCGGGUUCACACGGGAGAGAAGCCGUACCGCUGCUCCGACUGUGGGAAGAGCUUCGGGGAUUUGUGGAAUUGCAAGAAGCACCGGCUCAUUCACACGGGAGAGAAGCCCUACCGCUGUGCCCAGUGUGGGAAAAGCUUCAGCCAGAGAGGCACCCUGAAGAGGCACGGCCGCAUUCACACAGGAGAGAAGCCGUACCGCUGUGCCCACUGCGACAAGAGCUUUACUUUCGAUAACCAAUUGAAGAAUCAUAAAUGCCAGACGCGCAAAAAGCUCUGUGGAGAGAACCCAAUUUGCAGUCUGGGGUUGAACUCUCAGAAAGGCUUGCGCUCUGCCUUUCCCAAAGAGAGAAGAAACGGGCUUAAGAUGGAGCCCGUACUCAUCAAAGAAGAAGACGAAACAGAACCUCUCCCCGUUACAGAACCCUCCGAACCCGUCCGGAUACGAGAGGAGCUCCCCAAGACUGUCGUCUGCAUCAAACCGGAAGAGAUUGAAACCGUGAUAAUAAAAGAGGAAGUCCUGGAAGAGGACGAACUCGAUCACUGGGACCGGCCCGCUUCGCGCGCUCUUCAAACGCCAACGCUGCCGGUGAUUUCGGACCCGGUGAAGGACGCCAAACCCGCCUCUCGGGCCUCGCACCGGUGCUCCGACUGCGGCCGGACUUUCAACCACACGGGGAAUUUUAAGAGGCACCAGCGAAUUCAUACCGGAGAGACGCCGUACCGCUGCUCCGACUGCGGGAAGAGUUUCCGCCAGUCGAUACACCUGAAGGAACACGUGCGGAUUCACACAGGAGAGCGUCCCUAUAGCUGCCGGACUUGCGGGAAGAGCUUCGCCCAGCUGGCCACGCGAAAGGAACACGAGCGUCUUCACACGGGAGAGAAGCCGUACCAGUGCGGCGACUGCGGGAAGAGUUUCCGGCAGAUGGGGAACCUCAGGACGCACAGGAGGACUCACGACGCCGCGGCCGCCAAACCCUAUCCCUGCUCCGGAUGCCGGAAAACCUUCUCCCAGUUGGCCAGCCUCCGAGAGCACCAGCUGACUCACUCCUCCGAAAACCCCAACCCCGAAGGCCCAGCAGUCUCGGGCGGGGCAGGUCAACAGCUAACCCUCGCAGAUCAGAAGCCCUUCCCUUGCGGCGACUGUCCCAAAGUCUUCGCGAACGUCCGAAACCUCCAGAGACACCGGCGGAUUCACACCGGGGAGCGGCCCUACGGCUGCCCGGAUUGCUCCAAGACUUUCCGGCACUUGAACGGGCUGAAGAAGCACCGGCGAAUUCACACGGGCGAAAAACCCUACCCCUGCCCGGACUGCGAGAGACGGUUCAGCCAGGCAGAGCAGCUCAAGGAACACCUCCGAAUUCACACGGGAGAGAAACCUUACACCUGCUCCUGCUGCGGGGCCAACUUCCGCCACUUGGGAAACUUCCGGAAGCACGAGCGUCUCCACACGGGACCCCCGGUCUCCUGCCAGGACUGCGGGAAAACGUUCCGCCACCCGGACAGCCUCAGGAAGCACCACCAGCUUCACACGGGGCUCCGCAAGCCCUACCCUUGCGCGGACUGCGGGAAGGUUUUCGGGCAGCUGGGGAACUUGAAGCAGCACCAGAGGAGCCACACUGGGGAGAAGCCCUACCUGUGCCCCGAGUGCGGGAAGCGAUUCGCACAGCUGGGUUCGUGCAGGGAGCACCAGAGGCUGCACUCCGGGGAAAAGCCGCACACGUGCGCGGAAUGCGGGAAAAGCUUCCGGAAGCUGAACACGCUGAAGGCGCACCGGCGCGUGCACACGGGAGAGAAGCCGUUCAGCUGUGAGGAGUGUGGGAAGAGCUUCAGCCAGCUGGGGCCGCUCAAAACGCACCAGCGCCUCCACACAGGUGAGAAGCCGUUCAGCUGUGAGGAGUGUGGGAAGAGCUUCUCCCAGGCUGGGCCUCUGAAAUUACACCAGCGCCUCCACACAGGAGAGAAGCCUUUCCUUUGAAACGAAUGCCAGAAGAGCUUUGCUUCCUUCAACCACCUGAAAACUCAUAAGUGCCACGUCUGAAUAGGGUCAUUAUUAUUAUUAUUAUUAUUAUUAUUAUUAUUAUUAUGAUUUGAUGAUGAAUUAGUCAUUUAACAGACACUUUUAUCCAAAUCGACUUGCAGAGAUUAGUGGGGUAAACUCUACAUCAUCAACAACUGCUGCUGCAGAGUCACUUCCUAUAGGAGCUUGUUUGUUUGACGUCUCAUCCUGAAGGACGGAGCACAAGGAGGUUCAGUGACUUGCUCAGGGUCACACACAUACACAGGGAGUCAGUGGCUGCUGCAGAGUCACUUCCAAUAGGAGCUUGUUUGUUUGACGUCUCAUCCGAAGGACAGAGCACAAGGAGGUUCAGUGACUUGCUCAGGGUCACACACACACACACAGGGAGUCAGUGGCUGAGCCGGGAUUUGAAUCUCCUGGUAUGAAACCGCUUUCUUUAACCACUGAGCCACCAAGCCUCUUUAUUUCCUGUCUGUCUGUAUACCCGCUGUUGGGUUUGGCUUCUCUCUGGUGUGGGGCGUGGACUUGAGUCCUUCCAUUACUCUGGAAGUAAAAUUGCAGUUACAAGACAGGGAUGGAAAUAAGACUCCCGUUGCACAGCAGUGUGAUCCAUUCCUGGUUUCACUAGGAGUUUAAUAAUAAGACACACCUGAGCUUGUUAGCUAGACACACUGGGGGCUAAUCAAGCUGGUAGUAAAACCUGGACUGGGCGACACUGCUGUGCAAUAAGAGUCUUAUUCCCAUCCCUGCUGAGUUACAAAUUUCAUAACUAUGAAACAGUAAAUAAUGCUAGAAAUACUAGAAGAAGCUAUAUAUAGUGAGUGAUUUAUUUAUUUAUUUAUUUAUUUAUUAAUUUUAUUUCAGUAAAAUUGAGAUGAGUUUUGCGUGGCAUUUCUGGGCACCAUGGUAUGUGAAACAGGUCUUUAUUCAUUAAUAUUUUGACCUGUGAUCGGAAAAGAACUGUGUGUAUUGCAUGACUUUAGUUACGUAGCGUUUGCUGUCAGUGUCCUUGUCUGCUGGAGUUAAAUAAAAAUCCAUGAGCAUUA